UCAUGCUCUUAGUAUAAUAACUCGAACAAGAACUAGUAAAAGAAUUCAGAAUACAAAAGGCCAGCUAUAUGGGGAAUUGUGCAUUAAAGCCAAAAGUUUUGUCGGAAGUCGGAGCUCCGGCGCCGGAGGAGCUUAAGGUGUCAGUUCUUGAAUAUCAGAAGAUCGACGCUGCGAAAUCUCUUAGCAGCUUGUUCCUUCAGGAAAAGGCAGAAAAGAAAACGAAAGAAGACGAGAAGACAACACCGGAAAAGAUGCCGGUAACUGAAGAUCGGAAAACAGCUUUGGCUGAGGUAGAAUCUCCAACAAAAGAGGCAACAUCUCCGGUAACAGAGACAAAAUCUCCAGUGAUGGAGACAAAAGCUCCGACGAAUGAUCAGAAGGUCGGGAACGAAGAGGCCACCGUUCGUGGCGAGAAAGUGAACGACGAUGCGACUGUGAAAGAGACAGAAACAGAGGCGAAGCCAGAGGAAGUCAGAAGAGAAGCUUAAAGAACUUAAACGCUAGUUUCUGCGGUAGCGUUCUUGAUAGCAGUACGCUAAUUCAAG